ACAAUGAAGAGACUGCUAGUACAUAGUGAGACCUCUUCUAAAGCUCCUCCUCCUCUUCAUAUUCCUGAUUAUGUUUUAAAAUCACCCAGUGAUGUGAGACUUUCUAGGAGAGAUCAUCCUCUUUCUCCAGGUGCUAUAGCCUUGAAAUCCCCCAUGGUUAGGCCUUAUGUUCGAUCAAAAAUGCCUCGCCUUCGAUGGACUCCUGAUCUUCACCACUGUUUUGUACAUGCAGUCGAAAGGCUUGGUGGAGAAGACCGUGCUACUCCAAAGAUGGUUUUGCAGAUAAUGAAUGUGAAGGGGCUUACCAUAUCUCACGUAAAAAGCCAUCUUCAGAUGUACAGGAGCAUGAAGCAUGAGCAGAUGAUACAAGAAGCGGCUUUGGCAGCUAAGAAGAAUGAUAAAGCACCUGGACUUCACUAUUCAAACUAUUUCGCACACCUGGAUUCUAUGAGUUGCUCGGAGAAUCAUCAUUUGGAAGACAAGGAACUAAACAACAAUUUACUACUCUAUCAACAAGACCAUGGAACUUGUACUUCACCCAGUUACAAGCUUGCUCUUAAGAAUACCAGCAUGCCAACACAAAGGGAAGAAAAGCAAGAGAUGUGGAUUGGAAAGAGAUUGCUGACUGAGUCAUUUUCACAUGAAGAAGUAAUAAGCAAGGAAUGGGAGAAGAAGCCUGAUCCUUAUAUCAUCUUCAAGGAUCUACUCAAAAGUUGCACGACUACUCAAAGGACUAAUGAGCAAGAUAAGAAUCGGCAGAGUUUAGAAGAUUUUGGUGAGAUAGCACAGAGAGUAGAAGGGGACAAAAUGUCUUUAUUACUAAACUCCAAAGCUUCAGAGUCAGUGUUGAAGCUGAGGAAAGCUGAGAGUUUAUGUGUGAAGGAUGUGUGUCUUGAGCUCACUCUUGGUUAGAAUAUAAUGGUGCACAUUAUGGAGGAGACGGUUUGGAGAUUCUCAAAGUUUCUGAGCUUCACUUUGUUAUAUUGCUAUUGUUUUCGUACGAAGAUCCCCCUGGAACCAACCAUAUGUAUGUAUGUAUAAAGCACGUCUCAAAUAGAGCAGCAAACUAAUGAAAACAUGAUGACUGAGAGCUUAGUUCCCUAA